AUGUCGCCUGCUGUUGCUCAGGAUCCGCAACAAUUGCCCUGGGAUCCUCACUGUAUCACCUUCCCUGCUCGCAAGGAUCUUCCUCGGCUAUCUGGUGCCCCUGACGGUGCUGCUUGGGUGUGGGGGAAAGAUGAUCAGCUGGGCCGAUUAAACCUCUUGACGCCACAGCGAGUCAAGGGUGCUGCGGCGGAGAUCCAAACGGGCGAGAUGGUUCGACUGGAUCUCCCGCUUGAUGUUCCCGAGAAGCCUGCAUUCGACCGCGAGACCUUCCAGCAUACCAUCAAGACGCUCGUGCCGGAUAUGGCUUACGAUGACACUUACUCGCUGAACACGCAGAGUGGAACGCAGUGGGAUGGGUUCCGCCAUUUCUCUAAUAUCCCAAGCAAGACUUUCUACAACGGAGCCAAAAGCACCGACUUUGUUGGCGACACCGCCAACACCCACAGCUGCAGCAUCCACCACUGGGCAAACCACGGGAUCGCCGGCCGAGGUAUUCUGCUAGACUACCGGUACUACGCAAUAACCCACAACAAGCCCUACGACCCAUACAGCCCGCACGCAAUCACAUUCGCAGGAUUGCAAUCCUGCGCAACAUGGCAGGGCAUCAAUCUCCGCCCGGAGUCCGAGGGCGGCGACAUUCGCGUCGGCGACAUCCUGCUCAUUCGGUCUGGGUUCGUGGAGCGGUACGCCGCUGCAACCCGGUCCCAUGACGAUCUCGCCUUUGCGGGGCUGGCGCGUGAUUCUGCGAUUCGGGACUGGCUGCAUGAUUCUUACUUUGCGGCUGUGGCGGGCGACUCGCCUACUUUUGAGAUGUGGCCCGUUCCUGACCAUGACUAUCUCCAUCAGGAUCUGUUGGCUUUGUGGGGGUGUCCCAUUGGGGAGAUGUGGGAUCUUGAGACUCUUGCGGAGAAGUGUCGUCGGCGUGGGAAGUGGACUUUCUUCAUGAUAAGUGCGCCUGCGAAUAUGCCGGGAGGGGUGGGCUCGCAUGCAAAUGCCACGGUCAUUCUCUAG